AUGAAAGAGAUAAGAGACUACACUGAGAACAAAGGUGGAAGUGAUGAAUUUGUGACAAAAGGCUUUGAUACUUGGAAAAAUCCGAAGAGGUUAGGAGACCAUGUGGGACUAGUGAAUAGUUUUCACAACAAUGCUAUGAAGAUGGCUGAUAGUCUAAUGAAUCAAGAUCAGUCAAUCGCUCGUUCUUUUUAUAAGCAGAAUGAAGCAGCAAAAAAUGAAUACAAGAUCAGAUUGAAUGCUUCAAUUGAUGCUUGUAGAUAUUUACUACGACAAGGAUUACCUUUUCGAGGACAUGAUGAGUCGAUGGAAUCAGCCAAUAGGGGAAACUUUGUUGAGCUUGUGAAAUAUACUGCAAAUCAGAAUGAGCUUGUAAGUAAGGUUGUGUUGGAGAAUGCUCCUAAGAAUAAUCAAAUGGUGUCUCACAAAAUUCAGAAAGAAUUAGCACAUUGCUUUGCGGAGGAAGUUAUUCAAUCUAUUAUUCAGGAGCUUGAUCAUGAUGUAUUUUUCUUGAUGGUGGAUGAGUCUGCAGAUGUUUCUACUAAAAAGCAAGUGGCAGUGGUUUUUCGCUUUGGUGAUAAAAAGGGGAUAGUCAAAGAAAGAUUUGUUGGUCUUAUUCAUGUUCAAGAAACUUCUUCUGCAACUCUAAAAAGUGCUAUAGAUUCACUGUUUGCAAAACGUGGACUAAGCAUGAAAAAGUUAAGAGGGCAGAUUGCUGUCUUGUUAAAUGUUGUUGGAGCUUCUUGUAAGAGACAAGAUAUGAUUCGAGAAGACCAACGUAAGAUACUCGAGGAAGGAGUUAGUCGGGGUGAAAUUAAGACAGCAAAUGGAUUAAAUCAGGAGCGUUCAAUUCAAAGACCUGGUAAUACUCGUUGGAGUUCUCACUACAAAACUUUAUUGAGAUUGGCUGAUUUAUUCACUUCUAUCAUUAAAGUGCUUGAGCAUGUGGAAACAGAUGGGCCAGAUGGUAUCAAAAGAUGUCAAGCUAAUGGUCUCCUCAAAUACUUUCACACAUUCGACUUUGUGUUCUACUUACAGUUCAUGUUACUUCUUCUUGGUCUCACAAAUAAUCUAUCACUGGCUUUACAAAGCAAAGAUCAGGAUAUUUUGAAUGUGAUGUCUUUAGUGCAAUCUACCAAGCAACAAUUGUACAAGCUCAGGGAUAAUGGAUGGGAUUCAAUCAUUGGAAAGGUGAACUCCUUCUGUGAGAAAAAUAAAACAGAGUUACUCAGUAUGGAAGAAGAAUUUGUUAAUCCAAAGAGGCCAAGGCAGAGAAGCAACAUAACAAACUUGCAUCAUUAUCAAGUUGAAUGUUUUUACACAGUAUUGGAUAUGCAAAUUCAAGAGUUUAAUGAUCGUUUUGACGAGAUAAACACUGAGCUGCUUGGUUGCACUGCAUCUUUGAGCCCCAUUGAUUCAUUCCACCAGUUUGAUCAGUCAAAAUUUGUAAGAUUAUCAGAGUUUUAUCAUGAAGAUUUUAGCUCUCUGGAACGAAUAUCUCUUGAGCAUCAACUUGCUAUUUACAUCGAUUAUAUCUCUGAAGAUCAAAGGUUUGCCAAUUUGAAGGGUCUUGGAGAUCUUGCACUUAUGAUGGUGGAGACCAAAAAACAUCUUUCACAUCCUCUUGUUUAUCGCCUUUUGAAGCUAGUUUUGACUUUACCCGUUGCCACUGCUACUGUCGAGAGAUCUUUUUCUGCGAUGAAAAUUGUGAAGACUACCUUACGCAACCGAAUGGGUGAAGAAUUUUUGAAUGCUUGCAUGGUUUGUUAUACUGAAAAGGACCAUUUUGACGAAAUAACAAAUGAAGCAGUGCUAAAAAGAUUUCAAGAUAUGGGAGAUCGAAGAAUGACUUUAUGA